AGCUGCAGUGUUGUGUCCGUGUUGUGUUUACUGCCCGCAUCAGCUGGAGUCUGACGGGAAUAACCAUCACCGGGGAUAAAAUUACGUUUCACUACAUUUCAUUUUAACCCACAAACACCAAAACAAUACUCUUUCACCAAAACCACCUCAUUUAUAUACGAACAGUCUGAAGAAGGAGCAGCAAACAUGUUCUACACCUGUGGUCCCAACGAGGCUAUGGUAGUAUCAGGUUUCUGCCGUUCUCCUCCAAUGAUGAUAGCUGGAGGCCGAGUGUUUGUCAUCCCAUGUGUUCAGCAGUUACAGAGGAUUUCCCUGAACACUCUGACUCUGAACGUGAAGAGCGAUAAAGUCUACACUCGCCACGGUGUGCCCAUCUCUGUCACAGGAAUAGCUCAGGUGAAGAUCCAGGGUCAGAAUAAACAGAUGCUGGCUGCAGCCUGCCAGAUGUUCAUGGGGAAGUCAGAACCAGAAAUCGCACAGAUCGCCUUGGAGACGCUGGAGGGGCACCAGCGGGCCAUCAUCGCCCACUUGACUGUUGAGGAGAUCUACAAAGACCGGAAGAAGUUCUCAGAGCAGGUUUUUAAGGUGGCUUCCUCUGACCUGGUCAACAUGGGCAUCAGCGUGGUCAGCUACACGCUCAAAGAUGUUCACGACGACCAGGAUUACCUGCAGUCACUGGGAAAGGCUCGUACAGCCCAGGUUCAGAAAGACGCUCGCAUCGGAGAGGCCCAGAACAAGAGAGAUGCUGUGAUCAGGGAAGCCCAUGCAAUGCAGGAGAAAGUUUCAGCUCAGUACAAGAACGAGAUCGACAUGGCAAAGGCCCAGAGGGACUACGAGCUGAAGAAGGCAGCUUACGACAUUGAGGUCAACACUAAGAAGGCUGAGUCAGAGAUGGCCUACCAGCUGCAGGUGGCGAAGACCAAGCAGCGCAUUGAGGAGGAGAAGAUGCAGGUCCAGGUGGUGGAGCGGACGCAGCAGAUCACACUGCAGGAGCAGGAGAUCACCCGCAGGGAGAAAGAGCUGGAGGCCAAGGUGAAGAAACCUGCAGAGGCUGAGCGGUACCGCCUGGAGAAACUGGCUGAGGCUCAGCGUCUUAAGUUGAUCAUGGAGGCAGAAGCCGAAGCUGAGUCCAUCAGGAUUAAAGGUGAGGCUGAGGCUUUUGCAGUGGAGGCCAGAGGUCGUGCAGAGGCAGAGCAGAUGUCAAAGAAGGCAGAGGCCUUCCAGCAGUACAAGGAUGGAGCCAUGGUGGACAUGCUGCUGGAGAAACUGCCUCUGAUGGCAGAAGAGAUCAGCAAGCCUCUGUGUGAGGCCAAGAAAGUUACCAUGGUGUCCAGUGGCAACGGAGAGGUGGGCGCUGCCAAACUGUCCGGAGAGGUGCUGGACAUCAUGACCCGCCUCCCUGAGACGGUGGAGAAACUGACCGGAGUCAACAUCUCCCAGGUGUCCUCUCGUACAGGCUGAAGAGAAUCAAACUGGUGACCAGGCAGAUCCACUCUCCACCUGUCUCAUUAUCUGCCUGGACUCUUUGCAUGAGUCUGCUAACACAGCCUCUUUCCUCCACCUGUACCACUCUUACAUCAUCUCUACCUGCCUCUGUCGACAUCUCGUCGUGAUGUUUCCGUGUUAUGACAAUUUUCAUUUUUUCCAUUUCUUUUGGGGCCCUGAUUACCAGCUCUGUCUGGGCUAAGGCUACAGUUACAGUUGUUAUUUUAAAUUAUUUGUAUUUAUAAUGUAUUCAAAUUAUAAUACCUACUACACAUUACUUCAUUAAAUCCACACCUGUGACUUGAUUUACACUGAUAUGAUCAGAUUUUAAAAUUUAUUUUAGGCAACAAAUGUAACUGUAGUCUCUGUGUAUCCUUUUUUUUUUUACAUUCCCCAGUCUUAACAGUCUCAUGUCUUUUCCUACCUUCUUCUUUCUACACUAUGUCACAGUUUGUGUGUUUGUGUCACACUAAUAAGAAAGUCUUCAUGUGUCUCUUUACCUUCAGUGUCUCUGCCUGUGUGCGCUGCCUUGCUGCCAAACCUUAAGUGCAUCUUAACAUGAAACUUUUAAUACAAACAUGCACUCAAAUAUGUCAUUUACUAAUGCUACCAACAUUACACACAGUAGUCUAAUACUUAACCAAAACCGCAGCCUGUAGUUUUCGCUGUCACUCUUUUCUCAUCAUGUAUUUCUGACAGAAUUCAUAUUUACUUUAUGAAGAGAGUUUAGGAUGAUCAUGCAGACUUACAGGUCAUCUAAAUUAUGAUACCACCUGUAAAUCUGUGUGACAUUAUUAUUAUUAUUAUGUACUGUAUUUUUUAAAUCUGUCAUUGUUUCUAUUUUAUAUAUUUCUGUUUUCCAUCUGUGAUAUCUACUGAUUUCCUCUAGUCUUAUUCUGCUGAGUCAGUGUUACCUUUUUUAGGUGUUUUGAAAAACAUUUUUUAGGACCCUUUGCUUAAGGCAUACCAGUAUAAUAUAAUCUCAUGCAUUGAAUACAUAUGCAGCAGCCCUAUAUCACACUUUUAUCUGUGACUUUAUGAAAAAGUAAGAAAAAUGUGAUGCAUGUUUACUUACACUAACCAAUCUUCAGUACUAUAUUCCAUCAUCUUUAGCCUCUUUACAAAACACUAACAUAAUUAAUAUUUUUAUUUAUUUCUUCAAAGCACUGUAAUGGUCACUUUAAAUGCAAUGGCAGUAAUUCAGGAAAUUCAGUUUACUGGUAACCUUGCUGUACAUCUGUACAGAGAAGACCUGUGCAGUACAGUUACUGUAAAUGUAAAAUUGCAUGUUACAAGAGAAUGUAAAGCUCUUAAAUUACAAAUCAUGAUGAUGUGAACUAUGAUGAUAUGCUGAACUGCAGAACUGAAAUUUAUAAUGCAUCAACAUUUUGUAUCUAAUGAUGUGAUGACCACCAUGGGUACAUUUUUGUGUUGCUGCCCAUCCUCAACAAAAGGUCAAAGUUCAGGGUCAGCUGCAAAACUGACAGGAAUUAAACAUCGAGGUCCAAACAGGAGCUUGAACCUGGAUCCUUCUGGUUCAGGUUCCCUUGAAACUUUGCCAUCCUUCCACCCAGUGAUAUAUACUAGAUGUAUUCCUUAAGUAAAGUGGUGCCUUUUGUGUUAUUAUGGCUGGUUAUGUAGCAGCUCUCAUAAAGCUGUGGCUUGUGGAACUAAAGGUAGAUGUGGUGUGAAGUAUAGCUUUAACCCUCUUACUGUAGCAAUGGGAAUACCACAGUGAAAUUAUGAGAUAAUUGUAUUGAAAUGUUGAACUGUGUAUUGUUAUAGUUUUUGUUAAUGAAGGUCUAAUGAGAAGAGAAAGGAAUAAGAUGCUAAAAAGUUAGAUCACAAACUGUCAGUGGUUUCUGCUUGUACUUCAGGGAAAGGGUUGUUAAGGAUUUGAUCCUCUUGAUCAGGAAUGAUAGGUGGUGACUGGUGGUCAGAAAUAGAGAAAAAUGUACUUUGUAUUUUAGUCACUUCUCAUUUUAGAGUCAGUGCUUGUAUCAUAACGUUAUCACACCGUCACCCUCUACCUCACCAUAACCUGUGGGGCUGGGUAUUAAAUCAUGUUUCACAGUUAUAUUUCAGUAUAAAUUCAAACAAGUGAAAACAUGUUUGCUUUCCUUAGGUGUCAUUUGUGUUAUGAAAAUGAAUCAGAUGCCUGAUUUAGUUUGACUGAGCUGUAUGACAGCAAUAAAUUUAACCAAGAAUGGUCCUUACUUUUUCCUCCAUGAUACCCAGCCCUGAACGCCUCACUAUUUGUUUGUGACUUCUCUGCACUGCUGGUUACAGCCAAAUGUAUUCAAAUGGCUUUCUAAAGGUAAAUUUUAUUUAUUUGAAGAUGAACACUACUGUUAUUAUACAGGCAUCAAUACCUGUCACAUGUUUAACUGUAAGUCAGUCUUGCAAAUGCUUGUGUUUUCAGUCAGGAUGCUUCAUGCUGCUUCACUGUGGGGUCACCAAAGCAGGAGGGGAUUACCUAUUGGUUAGCUAUAGAGAGGGAGAUGUAAUGUUUGUGCUUCUGUGAUUGAAUGUCUUAUAUGUAAUGAUACUCUGAAGUGACACUAUAUAUAGAUAUAGAUGUAUUUAUACAGUAUAUAUUUGAUAUCAAUACAGUAUCACUGUAGCAUUGUUUGCGUCACAAGUCACCAAUAACAAUUCUACUAACUCUUACUAACAGCUGUCACAGUGUUUCAUUAUAAAUGUGUUAAAGCCAGAGUCAGCUUUGUAGAGUUUUCUAUGUUAUUUCAACUCCCUGUAGUUUGCUGGUGAAGUUCUGCCAAAAUAGAAGCUACCACUUUGUUGCAUUUGAAUUAGUCUGUGCACUUCAGGAAAUUUGAGUUUCGAGGAAAAUGUUACUCUGCAAUCAUGUACACAAUAUACUUGUCAUUAAAUUGCAAAGAAGAGAAGAGAA